AACAAAAUCCCUAUUUCCCUUUUUACAAAGUCUUCACCCUGAACCGAAAGUAACGCUCAAACCAAACCACAACCAAAACACCAAAUCAAAUUAAAUCAAAUCCAAAAUCAAUCGCUUAAUUAACUGUUUAACCCUUAAACUAAACAUUUUUCAUAGCCAUGGACUCCACCCUUCCCCUUUCUCAAUCCCCCACUGACACUGCUUCUAAGCUCCCUAUCAAACGCAAAACAACCGACGACCCAUUUAUCACCGCAGCCGGUUCAGACCCACAAAAACUGCCACCAUUUAAAUUCCAUCGAAUUUGGACUGAACCGGAUGAGAUCCGGUUUUUACAAGGUCUUCUUGAUGAUGGUUCCCUAUUAUUCCCUCGUGAUCUUAAUAUUUUUUAUACUCGGUUUUCAAAUACCAUGUUGCAGCCUUAUACGAAAUCUCAACUUUCUGAGAAAUUACGUAGGCUGAGGAAGAAGUUUAGGGUGAUUUCUUCUCGUCUGUCUAAAGGGUUAGAUAUGUCAUUGUUGUCGCCACAUGAUCGUGCUUUGUAUGAUCUUUCGAGACAGCUUUGGCACCCUGAUUUUGCUCAUACAUCGCCGUUUAAUGCUGACAAGUCAAAAAAAUCCAACUUGGUUGGUGUUAAAGUUAGCUUUUUGCCCACCAUCCCUUCUGCCCCGGGCCUAGGCCAAGGCCUGGAUCAAUAUGAUACGGGCCCGGGCCAAGGGAGCUUUUUGCCCACUACUCCUUAUGUUACAGUCCCUGGCCCGAGCCGAGUCUCGGAUCAAAAUGGUACAAGCUCGGGCCAAGACCGGAAUGAAAAUGGUACAAUUCCUUAUCAAGACAAACUCUCAAUGGAUACCGAUCCUCUAUCUGUUGGGAACGGUAAUAGAAUAACAGGGAAAGACCCGACCCAUGACGGGGUUUCAUUGAGUAAGGAGAAUGUAACAGGGAAAGACCCUACCCAUGACGGGGUUUCAGUGAGUAAGGAGAAUGUUGAAGUGGGACAGGUAAAUAAUUACAAGAAUGAUAAACUUGGUGAGUUUUGUGAUGGAGAUGGGAAGUUGAGUGAGGUGAAUGUGGAAUUCGAAGGCGGGGAUGUGGGGUAUAAACGAGUCGGGUGCAGUUGUUUGGAUGGUCCAGUUCAGGUUGGAGUAGGAUGCAGUAUUGGGGAGAUAGCUGCAAAAGUGGUGAUGGAUGUGUUUGAUGAGUGUUUGAAAGAUUAUAAGAAUGGUGAUUUAUUGAAGGAGGAAAAUUUGGACAAGUUUGAGGAGAGGUGGAGGGAACAAAGAGUUGCAGAGUUGGAUGUGUUAGCGCGUCGUUUGAGGUUGGUGCUUGAGCAUUCUCUUCAAAGUCAAUGAGUAAAUGUAUUACUUGUAUAUGGAUUUUUCUGCUAACUUUUCUUAGUCUGAGUUUAGAUUAGAUAUCCUUAGUAGUUUUUCCCAUAUUGUAGUAUUACUACUCUUUGUUGAAGAGAUUUUGUAAAAUUUUAGCAGAAGAAGAUAAUUCCUUGACAUAUAUGGUA